AACAGCGCAGUUGUACUCUAGUCGUCUGUUCUGGACCUACAUCAUUCACCCUCUCUCUAUUUAUCUCCACUUUCUUGUCAAAAUUUGGUUUGGCCAACAGUAAGAACAUGAAGCACUGCCUUUUAGUGCUUAUAUUGCCCUUUUCCUUUCAUUUUAGACUGUUGGCAUCAAAUGAAACAGGCGAUGCCAAAGAGAAAUGCAAUGGUGUCUUAGGUCUGGAGUCUCAGCGAGCAGUUGGUGCUGCAGUGGCUAAACUGGGACUGACGCUUCUAGAAAAACUCCAGCCUGGCUCUGAACAACCAAAUAUAAUCAUAUCACCUCUGAGUGUUUCUCUUGCACUCGCUGAGCUUGCUUUGGGUGCAAAGAACAAUACAGAAGAGAAGUUGUUGGAAGUCCUCCAUGCAAAAGAGCUGCCACAUUUUCAUGAAACAUUAAGCUGUCUUCAAGAACAACUAACAGCCAAAGCUGUCAAGAUGGCAUCUCGUCUGUACCUUAUACCAGAAGGUUAUACGGUGAACCAAGACUAUGUGGACAGAGCUUUGAACUUGUACAAAUCCGAAUCCGCACAACUGACCUCCAUUGAAGAUGUAAAUAGAUGGGUGGAGGAAACCACCAGCGGUCAGAUAACCAACUUUAUGUCCAGUCUUCCACCAAAUGUUGUGUUGAUGCUGAUAAACGCCAUUCACUUUAAAGGAGAGUGGCAAUCCCGCUUUAAUUCCAAGUACACUAAAAAGGAUAUCUUCUACAUUGACAGAAAAACCUCUGUAAAAGUGGAUAUGAUGAUGGGAUCCCAAUAUCCACUCAGCAUGUUUGUAGACAGAACAGACAGCACACAGGUUGCAAGGUUCCCUUUUCAAGGAAACAUGAGUCUUCUGGUGAUAAUGCCAAGGCCACAACAUGAAAAUCUGUCACACGUGGCUGCCAAGCUUAACAUAUCAGACAUGUAUGAACAUUUUCCAAGAGAGAGGUCCAUGCAUGUGACAUUACCCAAAUUCAAAAUUGAGUACAAGCAAGAUCUGCGACAAGCACUCACAAGCAUGGGUCUGGGUUUUCUGUUUACCGGGCCUGAUUUAUCCAAGAUGGCACCAGGUCCAUUAGUUGUUUCUGGUGUACAACAUGCUUCAAACAUGGAGCUGAGCGAGGAGGGGGCUGAAGCUUCAGCUGCGACAUCUUUCACUUUAGUGCGCACCAUAUCUACCUUUGCUGUCAACAUGCCCUUCAUCUUCGCCCUGGUGGAUGAUACCUCUUACACACCACUUUUUCUGGGUAUAGUCACUAACCCUAACCCUGGAGCGACAACUGAACAAAGUGAUGACCCAAAAACUGAAACUGAAAGCACCAGGAAGUCAAGCAAAGACCCCAUGAGUGAUGGGACACUUAAUGAUGGUCCACAUCAAAACAUGCUGAGUUACAUGCUAAAUAUGUGGAAGGAAACAGUUCCUCAGCAGUUCCUCGGGCAUCAGGAGAUGGAGGAUGGUAACUAAGAGAAGAGGAUCGAUCAGUUUAUGCUACCUGUUCAUUCCUGUUCAUGUACAGAAGGCCUAUAUACGUUUCUGUUUGUAAAUUGCUAAUCAUGGCCUGCUCUAAUUUACGGGUGCCAUAUUUAGUUUGAUAUAAAUGAAAAAGGCUGUUCAAUGGCAUCUUCCCUAAAGAAUAUGUAAGGGAAAAUGUACAGUCAGGCGGUCUCUUUUGCAAAAUAACCUCAAACAGGACCCUGACAUGGGUUCAUUUUAAUGAUCAGUUAACUGCCUUUUCUCAGGUGUUACAUGGCUAUUUGCCAAAUAAAUCAAUAUAUGGUCAAGAAAA